UGACUGAUGUAUUUCACAUUGAUAAGAACCUUCCAUCUUUAUUGAAAUUAUACAUUUUCAUCGAUGCAUCAGCGGUGAAUAUUUCAUGUAAAUAUGACUCAAGUAGAUAUAGGGAUACUUAGCAUACUUAGCAUCUUCUUUGUGGUCACAUUUGCAGCUGGUGUUCAGAAACUUAACUGUGAUGAUGUAGAUGAUCUACUAUUUUCCGGGAGACAUCCUAGUUGCAUAUACAGAGAGGCGCUGCGACGUGUUUUCAAGUUGGACAAAUCCUUUCAGUUCUCGAGUGACAGGGAUUAUCUCCGUCAGAUAGAAGUCUGGAGAGCCUUGCAGAAAUCAAUGAAUGAUCUUAAGCUUGAUCAUAUGAAGAGCAAAGAAUCUCCAAAUUCUUUCAAUAAAAAAGACAAAGAAGAUGAUUUGACAUCAUCGAAAGGAAAUAUUUCCUCCGUUACAGAAACAUCUGUAGAUACAUCCAUGACUCAACAAUCAUCAAAUAUACCAUAUCUAAGAACGAAUGAGUCAUUUGCUAUUACAGAAAAUAUGAACACAGACAGCAACGUUUCAUCGGAAAAAAAUUAUUCCGAGAAAACCGUCUUCGCUUCAUCUUCAAUUACAUUAGAUUCUACCAAACUGGAAAUUCCGAAGAUGCAGCCUUCCAAUUCUACAAUAAAAGAAUAUAAUAUUAGUACUUCUUCUUCAGUGUCAGCUAGACCAACAACAUAUUCAACCGAAAACGUCACAGUUACGCUUGGCAGCCAUAUAAAUAAAACUGUAUCAGUAAGAACCGCAACUACUGCACAAAAUAGUAAAGAAAUACCUUCAAACGCAUCUUCGUCAUUCGCAAAUGUAUCCACAGCAAAUCCUAUUGCAGUAUCAGUAACAAAUAUGGAAGUAAUAUCAAGCGAUGAAGCACAUACAACAUCUUACUCAACUUACAUGGAAUCCUCAUCAAAAGGAUCGAAUCCUGCUUCAUCAAACCCGGUGAUCAAAAGCAUAAAACCAGAUGAGUCGACCACCACUGCAGCGGAAGAUACAACAGAUAUUGCCGAUGCAAUAUCACCUACGCAAAAGGAGCGCACGAAGAGACUAUCUAUAAAACUAAUUCUUUUAGCAACGUUCCUGAGCAUUAUUACCAUAUCAUUGGCUAUAAUCCUUACUUAUAUGAUUCGCUAUAAACGGAAUGAUAUACAGUAUGAUGAAGUUACAUUGCUUCCCUAAACCAUUGCAUAACUCAGGAGUGCCGUCUUGUAAGCAGCCAACAUUAGAUAGUUGUCGAAAUAAAAUUCCCAGCGAGGCGGCACUCAUACGCAAAUUAAGAGAAACCUACCACAUACUAACCAGUUAAUCAGAAUUCGGAUACUCAACAUCAUUACUAUAUUCCGUUUUUUGAAAAAUUGUCUGCUCAAGCAACCCUCCGAGCGUUACGGGUUUAGCCCUGAAAUUUCAAAGUUCCUCAAAAUGUCAUGAAUAAGUGGUAUUUUCUUCAUUUUAAUUAAGAAAUGACUCU